GCCUGCAGAUUCUGCCCCCAAACCUGUCAGACCAGUUCUAUGGGAUGAGGGGGCACCCAGGAGGGGCAGCAGGGUUGGGAGGAAGCAGCCUUCCCCGGCCCAGCACAGAUCGCUGUAGACCCUGCGGACAGCAGAACUUUGGACGGACAGACGGCGGGAUGCUGGGCCGGGCCAUGAGGCCCAGGCAGGGACAGUCCUGGUUGCUGAUCCCACUGUUGCUGCAGCUUAUUGGUAUCCAGGCGGGGACAGGUCUGGAGCACAUCGGAUACGUGCCCCGGCUCUCCAGCGCCACCCUGGCCGGGAAGCUCACCCAGUCCACCUUCACGCUGGACCAACCACUGGGCCAGUUCAACCACCUCAAUAUCUCUGACUUGGACCCCAUCUGGCUGGUGGUGGCCCACAGCAACGCCAUCCGGAACUUCACUGCCCCAUGGCACACGGAGGACAUCCCUGCCCCCAGUGACUUCCCCCAGAGGGGCUACUACCUCACGCUGAGGGCCAACCGGAAGCUCUACUCCGGAAGUGUCCAGGGCAGCAACCAGCUCCCUGUCCUCCGUGUGGGCAAUGAUACACGCUGCUCGCCCACAAAAAGGGGCUGCAAUCGCCCCCUGCCGGGCUCAGGACCCUACAGGGUGAAGUUCCUGGUAAUGAGCAAGAAGGGACUUGUGGCUGAGACAGAAUGGUCCAAGGAGACUCGCCUGCAGCAAGGUAUUGCAAGCUGUCCCAGGGCCCCAGAGUGCAGGCACAGUGGUCAUCAUUGCCAUCCUGUCGGUCCUGCUGGCCAUCCUCCUGGCUGCCCUCCUCAUCCUGCUCAUACACACCUGCUGCCAAAGCUGCAGAAACGUCCUCAUUUCGAGCCCAGAGGAGCCGUUGAGCAUGGGAAGAUACAGCACCCACCACAUGGGCAACCCUUCGGCUGUGGGGGGCUCCUGAGCCACUCCAGGGGCACCCAGGUACCCCUUGGCCUCCUCCCUGGACCAGGCUGCAGAACCCCGAAGCUUCUGGAGCCCUGAGAGAGAUGGCUGUAAAUGAUGGUGGAGGCUGGUGUUCAUGCCCAAAGGUUGGACCAGUCCCUGGCAGAA